AUGGCCACGACAGAAUCAUUUGUGGAGCUCCGCGCUGCCGCCAUUGACGGCCGAACCCACAACAUCUACUAUCGCCAACAUCAACUCGAAGCGCUACAUCAAGGUCUACUUGCUCACGCCUCGGAGAUCCAAGAAGCGAUCGCAGCCGACUACGAACAUAGUCCGUCGGAAAUCGCAAUCGAACUUCAUCUCGUCAUUUCGUCUCUUCGAACCAGCUACGAGACCUUGCAACCAAAGAAAGCCCUCGCGGACGAGUAUCUCGUCGCUUCUGGCAAGGAUGCUCCCAACCACCGGUUUCCUGCUGGCAUCGUGUACAUCGAGCCUUGCAAACACACCCUUCUGUUCUCUAUCGUAGCACCACUGAGCGCUGCUAUCGCAGCAGGGAAUUGUGUGAUUCUUCAUGUGAUCGUCGCUGAUUUUCCAAUCGAUCAGCUCGCAGAUGAUUCCGGAUCUUUGACCAGCGUCCUCAGAAACACUCUCCAACAAGCUUUGCACUCCGAUACUUUCGCUAUAGCGUCCUCGUCGAUCCGCGAUUCGAAGAUUCUCGACCGAGCUCUCGUGGUCGACCAGAAUUGCGGCAUUGGACCCCGGCCAAAAGCUAACAUACUAGCCUCGCCUUCCCGCAGCCAUGUCGUCGCAGUUGUAGAUCGCACGGCAGACAUCAAACUUGCGGCGAGAGAACUUGCGGCGGCUAAGAUUGGGUUCGGUGGAACGAGUCCGUAUGCGCCGGAUGUGGUGCUGGUGAAUGAGUUCGUGAAAGAAGAAUUCCUCCGAGCGGUAGCCGAGGAGAGGGCAAAGAUGUCCAUGAUGGAUGGAAGCAAGAAGCUCAAAUCGAAUCGAGAUUCGGAUAUCAAGGCACACGAGGAGAAUGACGCGGCUGUGUUUGACGCACCCGCCCGACGAUCCGAAUCAUCAGAGACGAACACUGCCUCUUCGGCCCUCGAUGUCUUUGCAGUCAAGAGCCUGGACGAUGCCAUCGACUACCUCGGCAGUGCUUGCGUCGGCCCUGCUCUCGCGGCGUAUCAUUUCGGCAACCCGCAAGUCGGCAAAUAUCUCGCACAGUUUGUCGAUGCACGGGUCUCGUUUGUGAACCAUGUUAACCGCGAGCUGCUUGUUGGACCCGCUCGUCCGGCGGCACAUGGGCACCAUUCAUCAUUGGCUUACACCGUCGAUAUGUUCUCCCUGCCUCGACCGGCUUUCAUACGAACUCCGGCCUCCUCGUCGAAGAUUGCCGCGGCCAUGUCGACCGGAAGUGCAUCUGUGGGUCGCGAAAUUCUGGAGCAAGCACUGUCGCCUCUGAAGACAAUGAAGCGCAAGCCUGGCGGUGGUAUUGGCUUCUUCGAGCAGGGCUUGCUCAUCAGUGUCGGCCUGAUACUAACGAUGACAAUCAGUGCAUCGGGAGCAGGGUUGGUGUGGAUUGUGAGGAAUGGAUGGAUCCCGUCGAUGAGUUGGACGGUCUAG